CAAUUAUUACAACUUACAGGAGGCGCACCGAUGCCAACAAGCCCAAAACUAGAGACGUCCACAAACAACAUCGUGCGAAAGGAGUCUUCGACCGCGUGCCUGGGCAGCUCACCAAAUUCGCGAUUACGCAGUUCAAAUGUCCGCCGCCAAUGGCACUUCCGCAAUCGACGCACUGGAUGCUGUCGACUACGAUCCCAUUGAUCACCUCAACGCCUUGUUCUCGCACCCCUCAUCGCUCUCUACAGUCUCGGUCGUAAGCACUUCCCUACAGCGCUAUCAGGAUGAACUCGACUCGGACAUCGCGUCCCUCGUGGAGGCGCAGACGGCUUCCAACUCUGGUAGUGUACGGCGAAUGCAAGAGGCGAAGGAAGAAUUAGGAGAGCUUUUCGCAAAGAUCGAGAAUGUGCAAAGACGAGCACUGGAGACGGAGCGCACAAUCACGGAGAUGACGGCAGAUAUCAAGAAGCUGGAUAGCACGAAGCGGAACCUCACGCUGUCAAUGACCGCAUUGAAGCGGCUGCAAAUGUUGACAGCGGCGUAUGAACAACUACGGGGAUUGAGUCAAAGUCGACAGUACAGAGAAUGCGCCCACCUCUUACAGGCAGUCAUUCAACUUAUGGCACAUUUCAAAAGCUAUCGAAGCAUCGAUCAGAUUGCGGCCUUGAGCAAAAGUGUCGCUGAGCUGCAGAGGGAGCUGUUGGAGCAAAUUUGUGAGGAUUUCGAGGUGACUUUUGCCAAAAGUGAGAUUCCACAGAAGCGCGUGAUGCUCGGCGAGGCGUGUCAAGUCCUGGAUUCACUCGGAGACCAUGCUCGUGCGCGGCUCAUCACUUGGUAUUGCAAUACUCAACUCCGAGAGUAUCGGCAGGUCUUUCGUGGCAAUGAUGAAGCAGGAUCAUUGGACAAUAUCGGCCGUCGUUAUUCCUGGUUUAACAGGAUGCUAAAGACCUAUGAUGCUGAGCAUGCCGUCCUGUUUCCUGCAAGUUGGAAAGUCAAUGAGAUGCUGGCCAACGCAUUUUGUGAAGGCACACGUGAAGAUUACAAGGGCAUUCUACAGAAGUCUAUGCGCAGGACUGACGGUCAACCUCCUGACGUCAAUCUUCUUCUCUCAUGCCUGCAGGAAACACUGGAUUUUGAGCAGAGCUUGGAGCACCGAUUUGCAGUUGCGAAUUCACGUUCAUCUAUCGACAGUGUCGCCUCGACAGCAGAUGAGAAGCGCACAGGAUUCAGUCAAGCUAUAUCCGAAGCUUUCGAGCCAUAUCUCAGCAUCUGGGUGGAGUCACAGGACCGACAACUGGCUCUGACGAUCCCCAAAUAUCGCUCACAGCCGCUGCGUAACCCAGAGGAGGAAUUCCAUCCCCAAAUGGUAAUUCCCUCAUCGACGGAGCUUUUUCACAGCUACCGAGUCACGCUCGCUCAAUGUGCCAAACUAUCAACGGGCGCACGACUUCUGGAUCUGUCCAAAACGUUUGCUAAGUAUCUCGAUGCGUACGCUCAGCAAGUCCUGGCGUCCUCUCUUAGUGCGAGAUCACUGGGAGGCGUCAAUAUCGAGAAUUCCAUCAUCAUCCUCAACACAGCGGAUUACUGCUAUCAGACCUCCUUGCAGUUGGAGGAGAAGAUCAAGUCGCGCAUCGACACCGACUUGCGGGCGCAGGUCGACCUGCAGUCUCCUGCGGAUUCUUUCCUAGCCGUGGCCUCGUCUGCCAUCCGCACUCUCGUUCAUCGCACCGAGGUCGACUGCGAGCCCGCCUGGAGGGAAAUGCGAUCGAUAUCAUGGGGCAAGCUCGAUAGCGUUGGCGACCAGAGCCCUUUUGUAGCCAUCCUGCUAUCUCGAGUCAAGGAUAAGGCUAGUGAGACAUUGAGGUAUCUGCAGAAGCCGCAGUACGCCCGGGCGUAUUGUGACAAUCUAGUCGACGCGUUGAUCACGACAUUCGUACUCAACAUUGUUGCUUGCCGCCCCGUUUCCGAAUCGGGUGCGGAGCAGAUGCUCCUCGAUUCCUAUGUGUUGAAGCAAGGUCUCGCAAGUCUGCCGAGCUUGAACGCCGAUUCUACAACCGAAGAUCAUAAGACCGGUGGUGCUUCGCAGGCACAAGUGCCUUCUGCAGCGACUACCGCCUUCGUCAAACGUAUUCACCUCACCACAACGAAGAAACUUGACCCACUGCUCAAGACGCUUCAAGUCCGUGCUUCGCCCCCUGAGGGCCUAGUCCAGGCAUAUCUAAUCCAUAUCCGCGACCGCGCCGAGCCCAACUUCCGCAAAGUUCUUGAGCUCAAGGGUAUCGUACGAAAGCAGGACCAGGCGCACUUGGUCGAGCUUUUCAACGCGCACAAAGCCAGUCCUACCAACGAGGGGCUCCCUCCUAGCAACCCACUCAUUGCCGGUUUACAACUGCUUCCCACGACGGCAGCUCAAGGCCAGACACCUCUUCUCGGCGGCUUGAAGGACGGCGUCAUCGGUGGCACGAAUCAUGCCAGCGGCACCGGAACUGCCGGGCUCGCAGGCAUCGGCAUCUCCAGCAUCAACUCCUCCACCCCUUCACUCCCCAACCGUUUCGACCCUUCGCACUUCGGCACGGCCAUCAUCAAUGCUGCCCGCGACGCGGGCGACCGAUUCACCGCCUCAUCCGCAUUAUCUCCGCUGAGUGCCGGCGGCGGCGGCAUCACCGCGGGAAUCAACGGCCUCAGCAUCGGCGACAGCAGCAGUGGCGCGGCCUCUAUCAAUCGUUCCGCUACACUUUCGCCUGCCCUCAGCGCUGGCGCUGGUGCCCAUGACGGCGAGGGUCCCGCGGGAUCGGGCGCGGCCACGCCGAGUCUGAAUGAGAAUCUGAGAAAUCUGGGCAAAUUUUUCCGGAGAGGGACGGAGGGGGCGGGUGUAGGAGGCGGUGGUGGUGUCGGUGGGGCUUUUGGUGGUUUGGGGAGGAAGGAUUGACCGGUACGUAGCAACCUCCAUAUCGUUAUUAUUAUUUCCAUGAUAGGAAUAUCCUGGACAUGUUGCAAUCGCGCAUUUUUUACCUGCGACAUUUCAUGGUAAAUUUUUGUAUGUCCAGCAGUACAGACUCAACAACCACCUGUGUCUCGGGAGAUUUACUAUCCUUCGAAGUGCGGCAGGGGAAUUUGUCUGUCAAUAUGUCCACCAGACACUAUGUAAUGCGUCGUGAACGGUGUGUCUCACGGAGGGACCUCCGAGACAAAAAAUCUCCCGGCGCUGGAGGAAUGUGGCCGGAGAUGGACAUCGUGAGAUCUUGUCUUUCACG